AUGGCUCCUCAAUUCGCCUCCCCCCUAAUGGGCUCAAGGAUUGGAGAUCCUUUUUCCCAGGUUGUUGCGGGUUCAGGCGAUCCAAUUCCCAAGUCUCGCAUUGCUCAAAUUGCUCUCAACCGAAAAACACAUAUGAAGGAAUGGUUGCGAAAGAGCGUCCUUAUCGGUGAGGCCCACAACUUAGACCACAUCGGAAACGUACCAACAUCUUUGCUCAUGAGAAAAGGUACGAAAUAUCUUGGUGGUCUCAACAUUUCCCUGCACUUCAGUCAUUCAUGGAUGCACAUGAAUUCCUGGAAGAUAAAGAAAGACGAAGAGAUUGGUUUAAAUGGUUGA